AUGAUGACGUCAGUAGAGUGCGCCGCGGUGACGCCCGCUGUCUGGCUGAUCAGGAGGUGAGCGCGGGGGCCCCGGGCCUGGCCGGUGCGGUUCCGUUCGGUUCGUCGCCGUCACAGCAGGUCGGCCCGGCCCGGCCCGCAUGGCGCGGCGCUGAGUGGAGAUGACCGAUCAGGAGAACAACAACAGCAUCUCCGGCAACCCCUUCGCCGCGCUCUUCAGCUCCCUCGCCGACGCCAAGCAGUUCGCCGCCGGUCAGAAGCAGCAGCUGCGGCAGCUGGCAGGAGAGGAAACUUCAGCCAGCCAGGAUGACUCUGACAACAGCGUGUCCGAGAGCCUCGAUGACUGUGAUUACUCUGUGGCCGAGAUCAGCCGCUCCUUCCGCUCCCAGAGGGAGCUGUGCGAGCAGCUCAACAUCAAUCACAUGAUCCAAAGGAUUUUUCUCAUCACUCUGGACAACAGUGACCCCAGCAUGAAGAGUGGAAAUGGGAUUCCAGCUCGUUGUGUGUAUUUGGAAGAAAUGGCUGCAGAUCUGGAUGACCAAGACUGGCUUGACAUGGAAAACAUCGAACAGGCGCUGUUUACCCGCCUGCUGCUGCAGGAGCCUGGGAACAACCUGAUUUACAUGACCUCUGCUGGCACACAGAAUCUCUCUGCAGAUCGAGAUGCAGGGGAGAAACAAAUUCUACGCUACCUCUAUGCCUGUUUCCAGAGGGCAAGAGAAGAGAUAACCAAGGUUCCAGAGAACUUGCUGCCCUUUGCUGUGCGCUGCCGAAAUCUGACUGUGUCAAAUGCUCACACUGUUCUUCUCACCCCAGAGAUUUAUGUUAACCAAAAUGUGUAUGAGCAGCUGGUGGACCUGAUGCUGGAAGCAUUGAGAGGAGCACAUUUUGAAGACAUGACUGAGUUUCUGGAGGAGGUCAUUGAAGCCUUAACGAUGGAUGAGGAAGUGAGAACGUUUGGGGAAGUCAUGGUGCCGGUGUUUGAUAUUUUAUUGAGCAGGAUCAAGGACUUGGACCUCUGUCAGAUCCUGCUGUACACUUACCUGGAUGUGAUCCUCUACUUCACAAAGCAGAAAGACGUAGCAAAGGUUUUUGCAGGGUAUAUUCAGCCCAAGGAUCCUAGCAAUGGACAGAUGUACCAGAAGACUUUGUUAGGUGUCAUUUUAAAUAUCUCCUGCUUGCUAAAGACUCCUGGUGUGGUAGAGAAUCAUGGGUAUUUCUUGAAUCCAUCCCGAUCCAGUCCACAAGAGAUCAAGGUGCAGGAAUCCAACAUUCAUCAGUUUAUGGCCCAGUUCCAUGAGAAGAUCUACCAGAUGCUCAAGAACCUGUUGCAGUUGUCUCCAGAAACGAAGCACAGGAUUCUCUCCUGGCUCGGAAACUGUCUGCAUGCUAACUCAGGCCGUACCAAAAUUUGGGCUAAUCAGAUGCCAGAGAUCUUCUUCCAGAUGUAUGCCUCAGAUGCCUUCUUCCUGAAUUUGGGAGCUGCCCUCCUGAAGCUGUGUCAGCCCUUCUGCAAACCAAAAUCUCCUAGGCUGCUAACCUUUAACCCCACUUACUGUGCCCUGAAGGAGCUGAAUGAAGAGGAGCGGAGGAGUAAGAAUGUACAUAUGAAAGGUUUGGAAAAAGAAACGUGUUUGAUACCUGCUGUGACUGAACAAGAGCCAGAGUUUGCAAACAGCUACAAUCUGGUGACAGAAAACCUGGUUCUGACACAGUAUACCCUUCACUUAGGGUUUCACAGGUUGCACGACCAGAUGGUAAAGAUAAACCAAAGCCUUCACCGCCUGCAGGUAGCGUGGCGAGAAGCUCAGCAGAGUUCCAGCCCUGCUGCUGACAGCCUCAGGGAGCAGUUUGAACGCCUGAUGACCAUCUAUCUCUCCACGAAGACAGCGAUGACGGAGCCACAGAUGCUGCAGAACUGCCUGAAUCUGCAGGUGUCCAUGGCAGUUCUCCUGGUGCAGCUGGCCAUAGGAAACCAAGGGACUGAGCCUGUAGAGCUGACGUUUCCAUUGCCAGGGGUGGAAAACAGUGCGUUGGCCUAUGUACCAGAGUUCUUUGCAGAUAAUUUGGGUGACUUCUUCAUUUUCCUGCGGCGUUUUGCUGAUGACAUCUUGGAGACUUCUGCUGAUUCUCUGGAGCACAUCCUUCACUUUGUUACUGUUUUCAUGGGUGAUGUGGAGAGAAUGAAGAAUCCUCAUCUGCGAGCCAAGCUGGCAGAAGUGCUGGAAGCUGUGAUGCCUCAUUUAGAUCAGGCCCAGAAUCCCCUUGUCUCCAGUGUGUUUCAUCGUAAAAGAGUGUUCUGCUCUUACCAGUAUGCUGCCCAUCUUGCUGAGGCACUUAUCAAAGUCUUUGUGGACAUUGAGUUUACUGGUGACCCACAUCAGUUUGAGCAGAAGUUCAACUACCGCCGUCCGAUGUAUCCCAUCCUGAGAUACAUGUGGGGCACGGAUUCCUACCAACAGAGCAUAAAGGCUUUGGCUGAUUAUGCCUCAGAGAAUCUAGAAGCAAUGAAUCCCCCUCUUUUCCUGCGCUUCCUUAAUUUGCUCAUGAACGAUGCAAUUUUCCUGUUGGAUGAAGCCAUACAGUACCUGAGUAAGAUUAAAAUUCAGCAGAUAGAGAAGGACCGUGGUGAGUGGGACAGCCUGUCCCAGGAGGCUCGUCGGGAGAAGGAGUCCAGCCUGCAGAUGUUUGGUCAGCUGGCUCGAUUCCACAACAUCAUGUCCAACGAAACCAUCGGUACUCUGGCCUUCCUGACAUCAGAAAUCAAGUCCCUGUUUGUGCAUCCCUUCCUUGCUGAACGCAUCAUCUCCAUGCUAAACUAUUUUCUGCAACACCUGGUUGGCCCUAAAAUGGGAGCUUUGAAAGUCAAGGAUUUCAGCGAGUUUGACUUCAAACCACAGCAGCUAGUUUCUGACAUCUGUACGAUCUACCUGAACCUUGGGGAUGAAGAAAACUUCUGUGCCACAGUACCGAAGGACGGCCGUUCCUAUUCACCAACGCUCUUUGCCCAGACAGUAAGGGUUCUGAAGAAAAUCAAUAAGCCUGGCAACAUGAUAGUGGCUUUCAGUAACCUGGCUGAGAGGAUCAAGUCUCUUGCAGACCGUCAGCAGCAGGAGGAGGAGACAUAUGCAGAUGCUUGUGAUGAGUUCCUGGAUCCUAUCAUGAGCACUCUGAUGUCUGACCCAGUAAUCCUGCCUUCAUCCCGUGUCACUGUGGAUCGGUCAACCAUAGCCCGGCACCUGCUGAGUGAUCAGACAGAUCCUUUUAAUCGGAGCCCACUCACUAUGGACCAGAUUAGACCAAACAGGGAGCUUAAAGAGAAGAUUCAGCAGUGGCUUGCAGAAAGAAAAAAGCAGAAGGAGGAGCUGGAGGACACACUGAACUGAGAACAAAGAUCUCCAUACCCAGACAUGCAAUCAUUGGCGAGAUAAAUGCCCUGCAGUGGUGGUGGCAGUUUCUCCAGAGCAUCCAUGAAACUUGCCGUGUGAAUGAGGAAUACAUCCGGUGCAUUUGCACCAUCUGGAAUCUCUCCUAGUACCUUCUUUUCUCUCUUAUUCUGUCUUUCCUUUCAAGAAUUAUUGUUUAAUACCAGGAAUUUCCACUGCACUGUAGCUUCCUCACCUCUGCAUCUUGGGAAGUUUCAGCCUCUUCUGAUUGUCCUAUUGCCCUGUCCCUAUACUAACUGUUCUCUGUGUUGGCUAACAACUGCCAUGUUACUUUUCCAGUGACACCAAAAAUGUUCUUUGCUACCCCAGCCUCUGUUCUGUUGCUGUUGACUUCCAAGUUGUUUAAAUGAUGUAAUCUUGUUUACUGUGAAAGUGAUGCCUUUGCAUCUGCAGCAGCUCUGAAGUUCAGAGGGGGACAUGGACUGAAAGGGGACAGUUCUGCAACUGUGUAUGUGCUGAUCGUGGACGGGGUUUCUUUUUCAGAUGAUAUAUGGGACUAAGGGGUGACAAAAUGCAAUAUUUAGAUACUUGUACAGUCGGUCGUGAAGGUCUAGCAGCUCAUAGAGCUCCUGCGGGGAGAAAUUAGUCGCAGAAAAGCUUCUGCUUUAGCCAGGAGGGAUGACGAGGCUGCUCGUUCUUUUGGAGGAGCUUGUAAUUAGCGGUCGGUGAAUGAGAACACCUGUUGUUUCAGAGCUCUUCCGGAGCCGCGUUGCCUCCCUGCCCAAGGCUGUGUACGUUCUCCCGAGGAACGCUAUAAAUCCUCUUUGCCUUCA